GCCGGCCUCCGCGCGAUAUCCGCUCUGCCAGGCGUCCGGUUUUGCAACAUCUCCGGUCGAGUCGCUGUCGCAAGUGACUCUAUAUGCGGGCGCGUGCUACGCGGUGGUAGAUGCUACUCCAAGUAUUAGUUAGUUUCAGAUGUGUGGGGAGCACUGACGUUGUUCUACGCUGAGGAUUCUCCGUUUCCAGUUGAAGACGCCAGUCAUUAUUCUGGAUCCCCUGUCGCGCUACAUGAUUCUUCGUCUGUUUGGUUUUUGGUUUUGUUGCCAUGCGGUGAGAUCGGAGUCAGUAGUUCCUUGUGGAGAAUAACGUGCUAUUUGUCUAUAUUGUUGCGAUAAGUGUGUGGUCCGUGGCAGCUCAAAUAUCGGAACUGUUACAACCAUCCAAUUGUCCUUACUGGAUCAUCAAAUUCCAAUUCUUCCCAAUCAGGGUGCCAGCAAACUGCGGAGUGAGCAAUUGGUGGAUGCACCAUUGCCGUCAGAGCAAAAUCAACUCGGAAUAAAGGCCCAGACAGCAACGCUAAUUGUCCACAUCGGAAGCAACUGCUCUUGUUUGGCUGUGCUUGUAGCAUUCUCAGCCACCUGCUGGUUUUGUUCCUAGGCAGUUGUCUCGGAGGUAGCUCGUGCUCUACCUUGCUCUACGCAAUGGCUUCACACGGGUGGUUAGCGUCCGUGGUGAUUGUAGCCCUGUUCUACCGCAACACGGAGUGCCAAACACUGGUGAUACAACCACCCGGUCAGGUCAUUCCAGAUCUGAGCACAGCAAGGGCAACAUGCGUCGGGGACCCUGCAAUCACAGCACCAGUCACCUGGAUCAUCGGCUCAGGCCUACCCAACUCUGGUCCUUCUCCGGACCAGAUUUCAUUCGAUGGCCCGUUCAACAACACGCUGAUUCUGUCCACGCUAGACUACAGUAGAACAGCGGGUAUCCCCAUUCAAUGCAGCGCGCUUGUCGGUGGAGCUGUGCAAUUCGCAAACGACUUUAUCGCCGUUGAUUUGAACGAAUGCCUGAAUCCAAACAGCUGCACCAGCCUAGGGCACCAGGAGAAUUCCACCACGUGCGUCAAUGAGAUACCAAGCUUCAUUUGCCCGUGUCGUGUUGGCUUUCGUCCUAGCCCGCUUUGCUCUAACAUUGAUGAAUGUGCGGAGGGAACACACAACUGCUCAUCGUCAGCUACCUGCCAGGAUACGCAAGGUUCCUACCAAUGCCUGUGCCCAGCCAGCUUGACGUACAACGGCACAGACUGCAUACAGACAGACCCGUGCGUACUGUCGGCACUCGACUGCACGCCUCGACAGGCCGUCUGCAUGCCCAGUGCCACAGGCACUGCCGAGUGUCGAUGCCAGACCGGGUACGAGUUCGACGCAAGCGACGUCUGCGCCGACAUAGACGAGUGUGUUGCCACGGUCGCGCACGGUUGCCCGGACGACUCCACGUGCGAGAACCUGCCUGGCUCAUUCCGCUGCGCCUGCUUGGCCGGGUUCGAGGUUCGCGACGAGGUGUGCCGCGAUAUUGACGAGUGCGCUCGCAACGGGAGCAGCCUGUGCCGGCUGCACUCGACCUGCAACAACACGGUGGGGAGUUUCGUGUGCGAGUGCGACCGCGGCUUCCAGCGCAACGGCACCGAGUGUCAGAACAUCGACGUGUGCGCACUCGGCGAGCAUGACUGCUUCCGGCACGAGGGCACGCGCUGCAUCGAUACGCUCAGCGGGUUCCUGUGUGUCUGCGAGAACGGCUACGGUCGCCAGAACGCCACGCACUGUGCCGACUUUGACGAGUGUGCCGCUGCUACUGACGGAGGCGCGAGCGUGUGCAAUCUGACGACCAGCACGUGUUACAACACCGAGGGCUCGUUCGAGUGCCCGUGCCGCGGGGGGUACAUUGCGAGUGCCACUGUAGCCGCGGAUGCGGGUUGUUUUGAUGUCGAUGAAUGUCUCACUGGCGUGGACAACUGCUCGGCGUCAGCCCGAUGCGUGAACCAGGUGGGAACGUUCGCGUGCUUCUGCAACAGCGGAUUCACAGGUGAUGGUGUUGAGUGCCAGGAUAUCAACGAAUGUGAUGCUGGCUCGCAUAACUGCACCGGCAGCAACAUGCAAUGCGAAAACAUUGUGGGCGGAUUCUCAUGCCGCUGUGCUGACGGAUAUCGCGCUGCAAAUGGCGUUUGCGAGGCGUCCUCCUGCUCGACCGACAAUGUGCUGUGUGAUCCUAUCAGCGCCUGCCAGGAUAUACCGGGUGGUUUCGUAUGUGUCUGUCCACCAGGGUUCACUGGCACUGGUCGAAUCGGAGACUGUACAGCCAUUCCCACUAGUCAGCCAACAACCGAAACUACGGAAACCAUAACCACCAGCGCAGAUUCCAUGGCAACAACCACAGCCGCCCCAACAACUACGAUGGCUGCUACCACCCCCGUUGAGACAACAACAACACCAGCUAGUACAAUCAUGGCUACCACACCAGCUCCUACGGAACCACUCACCGUUACAAGCGAGCCGCCGACCACUUCAUCACCUGCCGCGGCAACACCACAAGCCACCACCAGCAUGGCCACAGCCACCAUUGCAUCAACACAACCAGUCACAACGAUGCCGGCAGCAUCACCGACCGUGACGGGAGAGCAGACGUCAUUGCCGCCCGCACCUUUGCCAAGUUCAGCGCCAGCAACCACGCCAGUACUUGGAGAUGGAGCAACGACGGGCCCUGCCGCAGUGAUUUCAAGCGAAGAGUCAGCCAUUACGUCAUCAGCCAGUACGCCAUCGCAAGAAGCACCAGUAGCGGGCGGAAGCAGCGGCGGACUGUCCGGCGAGGAGACCGGCAUCAUCAUUGGCGUCGUGGUGGCGGCACUCCUGCUCGUCGUCCUGCUCGUCCUCGUCAUUCUGGUCCGCAAGCGACGCGAGCAGCGCAAGACGGCCAUCCAACAGGCGGACAUGACGAUGUUUAACCCGAUGUACGGUGUUACCGGGCCAACCGAAGAUGCAGAUCGCUACACAAACGUAACUGCCUUCCAAGACAAUGAAAACGGAACAGCCGCGCCUGACGCGAAGAAGGGAGACGACCUCUUCCGGCCGACCCCUCUCCCUCGGAAUGCAGCUCCGAGUAGCUCCCUGAACACAUCAGCAGUCACCACGUUCCAGAGCACAGAAGUGUUGGUGGAUAUUUGAGGUACCGCUGUCUUCGUAUUUGAAACGCUUUUUGUUUUCUCAGGUUUUUCUGUCAUGCAUGUUUGGUAUUACUGUACAAUUAGCUGCAUGCGUAAUACACUCAGACCUCACUUAUUCGGUCCUCGUUUAUCCGGAUCCCUCGCCAUCCGGUAGAAAAUUGUUGCAUGGUUACCGAUUUACAGCAUAUGCCAUGCACACAUACAGUAUGUGUGUUUGAUUAUCCGGUUCCCUCGCCUAUCCGGAUAUUUUUCUUGAAAACGGAUGUGUGCGGUUAUGCGAGGUCUGACUGUAUCAUAAUUAUUCCCUCCCCCGUAAUGCAUCACGCCCCGCAAAACAGGGGCAUAAAUAGAUUUCAUCAUGCACAUUUUCGGCUGGGAUUUCCCGGGUCCGUUCACUCAAUUAUCGAAUUUUGGUUCUUUCCAGAGUUCCGUAUUGUGACCCGCAAAGUUACUGCUCUACUCGGAGCAAAAUGUUGAGAAGCACUUGCACUGUCCACUUGUAGUUCAUUUUAUUAAUCCGCACUGGAUAUUUGUUUUCCAGUUGUUGCAUGAUGCACCGUGGUGCCACCGUGAUAAUGGCUGCAUAACACGCCAGAAUUGCAUGCAUGCAUACGUUUGAGCAAAUUUUGGAUUUUCCAUGCAUUCAAUCUGGCAUGAUAGCCUUUUGCUCUGUCUUUCAUGCCAUCAUGAUCCUACCCUUUCUCAGCCAGUUUGCCUGCCGCUGUUUGUCGAAGCUACUGAUAGUAGCCGAUCUCGCUUUCUCUGCUCUUUUUCCUCCUUCGAUUUUCUCUCUCGCACGUCUCUAGUCUCUCGCUGAUAAGCACUUGCCCCCCCCCCCCC